AUGAUGUGGAGUUCCUUAGAAUUAAGUCGUCCAAUAUUAAAGGCACUGAAUGAUCUUAAUUUUGUUAAUCCAACUCCUAUUCAAAAAGAGGUUAUUCCUCUAGCUUUAGCUGGUAGGGAUAUUCUUGCUGAAGCUGAAACAGGAAGUGGAAAGACAGCUGCAUUUUUAUUACCUACAAUUGAGAGACUUCUGAAGUUUCCUGGUAUAAGAGCUAGGAAAAUGUCACCUUUAGGUCCAACAGGUGGAUUAAAUGCAACUAAAGUUUUGAUUUUAUUACCUAGCCGUGAAUUAGCUAUGCAGUGUUUCGAUGUACUUGAAUCACUCAUUAAAUAUUGUUUAAUUAUUACUAGAUGUAUUGUUACUGGGGGAAUGAGUCAAUCUCAACAUGAAGUAACAUUGAGAAGCCAACCAGAUAUAGUUAUUGCCACUCCAGGUAGAAUAUUGGAUAUGCUAAUCAAUACAAUGGGUGUCCAUCUUGAACUUUUAGAAAUUGUUAUAUUAGAUGAAGCAGAUCGUCUUUUAGACAUGGGGUUUCGUAGAGAAUGUCUUGAAAUUUUACGUUAUGUAUCUCAAUGUAGACAAACAAUGUUAUUCUCUGCAACUUUAAGUAGAGGUGUUACUGAUCUUGCAUUACUUACACUUAGGAACCCUUGUAGAAUAUCUACUAUAGGGUUAGGACGAAAUGCAAUACUAAGUAAUACAGAAGGUAUAACAUCAGAUGUAUCAACUAUAGGUCUUUCCACAACAUUAAAUCAAGAAUUUGUGGAAUUAAAUGAAGAGAAAGAUCGUGAAGGAGCUCUUUUUCAUAUUUUAUCUAAAAUAUAUACAGAACGUGUAAUUGUAUUUUUUCAGACAAAGAAGGAAGCACGUAGAAUCAGUAUAUUAUGUAAUAUACUAGGAUUUUCUGCAGUUGAAUUACAUGGUUAUUUAACACAAGAAAAACGAAAUGAGAAUUUGGCACGUUUUACGAAGGGUGAAUCAAAAAUAUUAUUAGCUAGUGAACUCGCAGCCAGAGGUUUGGAUAUUAAAGGAAUUACUGCUGUUAUUAAUUUUACACUACCAUUAGAGGCCUCUAGGUAUAUCCAUCGUGUAGGUAGAACUGCUAGAAUUGGUGAAAAUGGAAAUAGUAUUACACUUUAUUCUCAAUCUGAGAGAUCUAGGCUUAAAUCACUAAUGAAGCAAGUGCUAAGAAAAUCAGGAUCUAGUAGUUCCACAACUAAAUUAUGUAAUUUAAUGAAGAAACUAAAGUUUUCCAGUAAUAAUAUUUCAUAUUGGUCAGAGCGUAUUUUAGAAUCUGAACCGAAAGUAAAGCAACAAAUUAGAGCUAAUAUAGCUGAAAAGGAGUUACGUUUAGCAGAGUUGGAAGCUAAUAAGGCAGAAAAUAUUUUAAUUCAUAAAGAGAAUAUUAGUGGAAGACCACGUAAGAAAUGGUUCCAAAGUACACUACAGAAGGAAAUAGCAAAAGAUCUGUCGAAAAGAGAAUUGAUUGAAAAAGCAGGUUUUGACUUGAAUGAAUUAAAUGAUAUUACAUGUAAAGGUUUAUUAUUAAACUCCGACAGGAAGAAGAAUCCUAAGGAACAAAAUCAUUUAAAGAGGAAAUCUCCACAUAUAAAUUAUAUUAGUAACCCUAAAAAAAGUUUACUUGGUACAAAAAAGAAAGCACUUUAA